AUGGAUGCUGCUCAUUGCAAAAGGUGUCCAGAUGAUCAGCAUUCCAAUAAGAAGCGAGACCAGUGUGAUCCCAAAGUUAUAAGUUUCUUGUCCUAUGAAGAAACCUUAGGUCUAAUCUUGGCUAUUUCUGCCUUGAUUUUGUCUCUAACCACUGGCUUUGUUCUAUACAUUUUUAUUAAAUACCGGGAAACUCCCAUAGUCAAAGCCAAUAACCGGGAUCUCACCUAUAUUCUUCUGGUCUUUCUCCUCCUUUCCUUCUUGGCCUCCUUCCUGUUUAUUGGUCAUCCCCAAAAAAUAACCUGCCUUCUUCGGCAAACCACUUUUAGUAUUGUUUUCUCAGUUGCUGUAUCUUCCUUGUUGGCCAAGACUAUAAUGGUGGUGGCAGCAUUUUUAGCUACAAAGCCAGGCAGCAGGAUGAGGAAAUGGCUGGGGAAGCGUCUGGCCAACUCCAUUGUCUUCUUCUGCUCAUGGAUUCAGAUAGGAAUCUGCAUCAUAUGGCUUGGACUUGCUCCCCCAUUCCCAGAUGUUGACAUGCAUUCUCAACCAGGACAGAUCCUGAUACAAUGUAAUGAAGGCUCAGUUGCCAUGUUCUACUCUGCCCUUGGCUAUAUGGGAUUUCUGGCUGUUGUCUGCUUCUUGGUGGCUUUCCUGGCCCGCAAGCUGCCAGGGACUUUCAAUGAAGCUAAACUGAUUACCUUCAGCAUGCUGAUUUUUUGCAGUGUCUGGAUCUCCUUUGUCCCCACCUACCUGA